AUGGAUUUACCUCGCUUCGAGAUGGAGGCAGAAAAAGGAGAACAGAAGAUGAAUACACGGAAACUAGGCACAGUCAUCGAUAUGGUGACGCCACAGCCUGAGGUAGUUCUGAUGAGAAUGAUGGAUAAGAAGCCAACGAAGCCUAUAAGUGAUACUGCUUCCAAGUGCUCGGGCGCAGUAGAGUUAGAAGGUGUCAAGAUAGAGGUGUCUAGCCAGAAAGUUGGAGAAUCAACUCGACUACGCGAGACAGGUGAAAGGAGUCAAAAGAUGGAUACGUCAACCACAGUGCAAUCAUCGGUCUGGACUGACGCGAUCCAGGACCAGCUUCUUGAAGAAGAUGCCGUAAAUGCGGAGCCGACAUCUCUACUGACAGAAGCCAUGGAAGCGCAACGGUUAGCAUGCCUUCGAGCGUUGCCAUGGCACCACCGUCCAUCAAUCACAUGGCUAUUGCCUUUCAUAUUCCUGUUGGCGCUGAAUAUAGGCAUGACCUCUGCACCUCUGGAUCAACAGAUCAUUCAGAUUAUUUGCAAGGCCUUCUUCAGGAAUGAGAAAACAUUAUAUGGAGAAGCGACAGGAGCCAUCGGCGAUAAUAAAUGCAAUAUCCCUGCCAUACAGGCUAUCGCAGCUGUUGUGAUGAGUCGUCUCUCAUUCGUCAAGUAUGUUUCAGCCAUUUUUACAGUCGGGUUUUAUACGUCUCAGUCAGAUCAUUUUGGAAGAAAAUACCUGCUUUAUUUAACAAUCAUUCCAUCGAUAUUGUCACAGCUACUGUUGAUCUGGAUGAGUUUGCCCAAUAACCACAUGGGUAUUAUUUGGCUUUUUGUCAACGCCCUGAUUACAGGCUGCCUAGGCGCAAAUGCCCUUCUGGAGCCUAGCCUCAGCGCAUACAUUGCGGACUGUACGUCCCAAGCAGAGAGAAGUUUGUCUAUCGGGUAUGUGAUGGUAGUAACGGGCAUGGGCAUGGCUCUAGGGCCUGUUCUUGGAGGUAAUAUCAUCGGCAUCACUGGUGAUGUUAACACGGUUUUGAUUGUAUCCGUGGCCGCUCAACUGGUCCUGCUCCUAUACGCAGUCAUUUUGCCAGAGUCCCACCCAAAGAAGCCCAUCCCUUCUCUGACUAUUGGGAUGGCGCAUAUGAAGAGCAGUAACAAGCAAGUGUCUACUCCAUACUCAUAUAAGGUGAAGCAGCUCUUGCUGGAGGCCUUAAAUCCGCUCUUACUGUUCCUUCCAGGGAAGAUCAAAUCAACAUGGGAUGCCAGUAUUCGAUCAUCACCCUAUAUCCUCACCCUUUUGGUCUCAUCAUACGCUUGGAUUGUAUUUGCAGCUGGUGGCAUUGAUAUUAUUUUUACCCCAUACUCUAAACUCAAAUACCAAUGGACACCGCUAGAGUAUGGUAACUAUUUCACCUUCUCAGGAGUAGUAACAUUAAUUGUCUAUACUGCCUUGUUCCCAGCUAUGCAAUUCGUUUACAACUUUGUCAUACAGGAGAGGAAAGCUCAAUCGAAUUUGGACGCAAACACCGUUGCUCCACAUCCCAGAUCCUCAAUCCAAUCAGAUGCAGAGGAGUUGUUAUUACGCCAUAGUCUUCACGAGAGGACGCCAUUGCUUCAGGAGGCUCGCGUAUGUGCAGGGUCAAAUGCCAUUAACGAGGCCGUUAUCGAUACUCAUAGUACUCAGGACGGGCUACCAUCAUAUAGGGCCACAGAUGUGUCUGAUGUGAAGGUCAUGCAAAAGGCUAUCGAGAAAGACAUCUUUUUCUUAGUCUUUGGAGCCAUACUAUAUGUUAUCGGCUUCGCGAUUGUACCAGCCUUUGAUGCAGGAAUCGUUUUAUACAUUGCUUGUGGCAUCCACGCGAUGGCUUCUGUCUAUGACGUCUCGUUUACAUCGCUCUUGACAUCUUGUGUACCCACAGAUCAGACGGGUAGAGCUCUUGGUGCAAUUUGUAUCAUGGAUUUGAUGGUACGAGCAGUGUCGUCUCUGUUCUUCGGUUGGAUCUUUAGUAGAACAUCUGUCAUGAUGCCCUCGACGGUAUAUGUAGUCUCAGCAGCCCUCGCAGCAUGUUCAUUAGCAGUUGCACUAGCAUUAUGGUCAAAAUACCAUGCCCGCUAA